UAUGAGACGGAGGAUAUUGCACAGCAGUAAUAGAGGUAUGAAUAAAUAUCAAUAAAUAGGGAAUUUUAAACUGAAAAGAGUAUAUUGCACAGGAGUAUUAACACAGAAUAUUGCACAAUUGUGUUAAGUAUUGCAGAGUUAAACAGCCACAGUUUGAGUACAACAAAUCUGAAUUUGCACUUUGGUUUAAUUCACUGAAACCAAGAGGAAGACAUUACAGAGAAAAACCUCAGUCAAAUUUUCAAAAGUGGCUCCGUAGUUUCCCUAAACCUGUAGUUUUUAGGAAAUGUUAAAAGGAGAAAAUAGUGCAUUUGUUGGGGACUACUUUCAAAGUUAAAAUCAAUUAAAAUUGUUUUCUGUAGUUUGCAGUACACAAACACAAUUCAUAAUAUAAAUGUGAGCAGACAUUUUAUCCCCCACUCUAGUUUUCUUUAGUGCAACCUGUAUCUGGAAAAUUGCUACCUUGUUCACACGUCAACUCUCAGCUAUGAUAUCAACAUCUCACACCAGCUGUCAAAAUAACUGAAUGAAAUAAGAAAGGAGGCAUGAGCAGCCCUUAAAUAGAUGCCCUGCAUAUUUAGAGACGUAUCCAGAGAUAAGUGCCCCUAAAUGACCAUGAAGUUUAUAUGUUCGCUCUGUACAUGUGUUUCGGGAUGAAAGGGGUGCUUUCUCUCUGUACUGGUCUUGUAUGCCCUGUAGAGACAGGCUGUAAUCAACGGGGCCAAAAUUAGAGAGGACUCAGUGGGAGGCAGAGGAAUCUUGGGACUCGCCCCACCAAGUACAGAAAUAUCCAUUUCCCUAAAACAUGGGACUGAUGUACUAACUGCAACGUCUUUGCAGUGAGUUUUAAAGCAGAAACUUUGAAUGAAUCAACACACAUUGUGGCAAAUUACACUUUUAUACAAAGUGAAGACCCUCUCUAGAGACAGUUUAGCAUUACUCCAUGUAUGAGAAAAUAUUAUGUACAGAAUCAUUUCUAUAUGGCUAUUCUCUCUACAAUAAUUCAGACAAAAUGCACAUUAAAGGAAGUUCAAUCCCAAAUGUACGCCCCCAUAAGUGCAGGAGGAUGACGGCUGGGAGGUUGAGAAAGAGGGAGGAGAAGCUGAAAAUAGAGGGAUGGAAAUCAUUUUGCAGUGAGUGGACUUUUUGGAGCUUAGUAAAAAAAAACAGUCAGUACAACUUAGCAGGGAGAGCGAAUGCUCUGAAACUCUCUCACUCUUAGUUUCCUCUCGUCACUUUGUCUCCCCUUUAUUUCCCUCUCUGUCUUCUGCACUGCGUUGUGCUCUUCAGAAGAUAAACCCAGGAUAAUACAUUCUGACUCAGAAGAGAAGAUGAAGUCCCGCUGGGGUUUUCUCAUCACCUGUGUGACCCUGCUUUCACAGUGGUGUAAUGUCUGUCACACCACUCCACUGCUCUACAACAUUUCCAUGGACGGCAGUGGUGAUGAAGCGGAGCUGGAACUCCUUUUUCCAACCUCUUUCUCCACUCGAGCACCUGUUCUCAUCACAGCUGCUACUGGAGCUCCCACCCUCACCAACACCAUCACCACCACCAUGAUCCGCCUGAAGGACUUCGUCCUGACCCGAGUAGUGGACUUCCUGCAGGAGAAUCUGCUCAUCAUCAUCGUUGUGACCUCUCUUCUCAUUGUCAUGGUCUUCAUCAUCUGCUGUGCCUCUGCCAUGAGUCAUAAGCGCAAGCUGGAGGCCUACAAACCUCCUCCUAAUCCACCCAGGAAGUAUGCGGCUGAUAAAACAGGCGGACGCAAGAAUUCAAGCGAGCUCCAGGAGCGGCCGUACACUGUCGACCACGUCAAGAGGGUCCAGACUCAGAGCAUGGCCUCCCCCAAGAACCUGCGCACACCCUCCAAGGCUCUGGUGGGAGAGAAGGGGAGAGACGUCAGGUCGUCGCCUCGCCAGGAGGUCAGAAAGGUCAGGGAGGCAGAGGAGGUGGAAAAGCGGAGGGAGGAGCCCAAGCACAAAGAGCAGCCCAAGCACAGGGAGGAGGUGCAGCAGAGCUCCAGCCCCAGCACCAGCUCCAGUCAGCCAACCUGCACCUGCCAUCUGAAAAAGGCCCACCACUAGGGCAUGUUCAAGGCUGAUGUUGGCAUAAGAGGUGAAAUGUUGCGACCAUGACAUAAAAACGAGAUCAGACAGGUUGGUUAUGCCACACAUAUGGAAAUAGAAAUAUAAAUGCAUUGUGAUUCAAAUCAGAAAUACCUUUUUACAACUGCCAGCAAGAAAUGUAUUUGUGAGGCUCAUGACCUUAUAUGAAAAAACAUCCAUCGUUUAAAUACUUUAAUCUAAAUGAAAUGAAAAUAUGAACUAUCACCUGAUGUUUUAUCUAAAGUAAAAAUGAAAACCAGCAGGAUAGAAGCUAUGUGACUAGAAAUCAAAAUACUCAAGUGUGGUGCUGCAUAAAUCAUGUCUAUAAAUGUUGCAUCUCAAAGUUUUUGAUUCAUACAAAGAUUAAAAAGCCAACACUUGAUAGGGGGGUGUGGAAAAAUAUAUGGCUGAUUUCUUUGAAUGCAGCAGCCUUUCAAAUUCAAAGUAGCUCAGUGGUUUGUUAGUCGUCAUGUACUGCAAAGACCUUAGUCCUCCAGUGGUCAACCAGUGUGUUUCAUCAGUGAUUACCACCAAGUCUCAACCUCCCAAUAUAUCACUGUGCUGUUGAAGUAACAUCACUUGAAACGGUAAAAUAAAAAGUUUUUCUUAUGGAUAAGAUUUUUUUGGAGGAGAAAGACAAGAAAAAGAAUGGGCAGCCUAUAAUUUUCCAUGCUUUCCAAAUAGAAAUGAGAAAAAUAGUAAGUAUCCAUGUGUUUUUGAUACAGCGAUGUAUUACUCCCUAUGCCUGCCAAGACAGAGGAAUCUCUUCAGUAUGUCCUGCUGUACACCAUGGCAUCUUUUUUAGCAGUUAAGAGCUUUAGCUGAACCAGUCUGUCAUUUAGAGCAAAAUCUUUGCUGCAUAUAAAGCAAAGAUUUUGACAAUAAAGCAAAGUGAGAUGCCAGUAAACUUGAUAAGUAACAGAACGUUCUCUUUAUAUUUACAUUCAUAUUUACUUAAUUUUGUUUGCUUACUGUUAUUUUAUGUCAUUUCAUAUCAUAUUGUAUUUUAUUUUAAGAAACCUAAUUCACAAAGCUUUACACCAAAAAGCACAAUUUACAACUGUUAUUUCUGGGAAGCUGAAGUAAAAACACACAUAUCUACUAUCUGUCUACAUAUUUAUUUGGUUGAUAAUUUUUUUCUGCCUUCAACUGUCUAACAUUAAAAGCAGGCUUUUUUGGUAUAAAAACUUUGUGAAUCAGAGUUUGAGUUAAAAACAAAGUACUACUUAUGUAUAAGAUAAAUUGUUUUGUUUUAAAUAUAAUAAUUUGUAACGAGUCAAAAACUUGAGCAUAGGAAUAGAUAGUUGGCCUGUUUUGCUGGUGUAAUAGGUUUAACUGACUUAUGGUGGCUAAAAAAGUACUUAAAAAUCAAAAGAUGAGAAGUGUAUAUUUGUCUUAUUCAUCUGAUUUUAUUUGAUUAAAAAUUCAGAUUACACUGGAGCAGAUCAUUUGUAAAAACUCUCCAACUCACUGUCCCAUUACUCAAGUUAAUGACUCUGAACGACUAAACCAAGUGUGUGAUGUUCAGUUUGUACGAUUUAUGGGCCAGAAGUUUUUCAUGUUUAAAUACUCUUUUCCGUUGAACCUCAGAUCGUUUUCCUCAGAUGUUUCCAGACAGAUGCUUCCUCUGUAAGUGACUGUAAGUUAUUGUUUACAAAAUGACAGUUUUGUUUGGCUUAUGUUUAAUAAAAUUGUUGAUAAUGA